UUUUGUUGAGUUCAUUCACUUACAGAACGCGUUGUUAUAUACUUGCAAAGCUGUGCAUUUUGUCUUUUGUGAAGUGAUUUGAUUCUUGUGUUUAUAUAAAAGUAUUUGUGGAUUGUUUUAUAUCAGUUGACGAUGGAUAAAUUGGUUUUUAAAGAGUACACAAAACGUAAGUUUGACAAAUCUUCAGUAUGGAACUCUUUCUUACGGACUGAGGAUGGAAGUCACGCAAAAUGCAAAUUAUGCAAAAGAAUUCUUCAAUGCUCAAAUACCACCACAUGCUUACACAAUCACUUGAAGAAACAACAUCCAAGUGUACCUGAUACAAGAAGAAAUAUUCGACAGAUUCCAGCGACUGCUACGCCUACCACUCCCACAAAUGAGGUAGUACAAGAACAAGAUCAGCGGCCCAUGCCCAAGACAAAAAAAGUCAGAAUUGACGAUUACUAUCAGAACACCAAAGAAGAUAAUAUGGAAACUGUGAUUUCCAAAAUGACUGCGUGUGAUGGUAAACCAUUCAAAGUUUUUUGCAAAUCAGAAUCUAUACGUAUGCUUUUUUUAAAAAGCGGAUACGAAGCUUUGCCAAAAUCUCCGAACACAAUUAAGAAGAUUGUUAUAGAAAAAAGUGACCAGUUAAAACAAGAACUGAGAAAAGAAUUGUCGGUUUUAAAAGCAAAAGGACAGAAAUUUUCCGUCUCUCUUGAUGAGUGGACAUCAGCUAGCAACCGGCGUUAUGUGAAUAUUAACAUUCACUGCCCUAAUUUCAAUGACAAUGACAAGCCUUUCAGAAACUUGGGGUUGGCAAGAAUUACAGGUAGAGGAACAUCGGAAAGAUGUAAUCAUAUUUUGCGGGUUAAAUUAGGGUCCUACGAUCUAUUUUUAGAAGAUGACGUAGUAGGUGUAGUGACAGACGGUGCUAGCGUUAUGACUGCCAUGGGUCGUCAAAUACCUUCAUUUCACCAAUUAUGCCUCGCACAUGGAAUUCAGUGUGCAGUGGUGGAUGUCAUAUAUAAGAACUUAUAUAGUCAGAGUGUAGAAACUGUCGAAAAUUCAGAAGAAAUAGACACAGAGGAGACAUUAUCUACAUUAGUAGAUUCAGAGGCAGAAGAAUCAGAAGAUGAUGAAACAGAUGAAAAUGACGAUGGACAAGGUUUUGUAGUUAGUAAUACAGAAACCAGAAGUGAAUCCAGGCUUAAUGUCGAUUAUAAGGAUUUGAUUGUUAAAGUACGAAAGGUAGUGAAAUUUUUCAAGAAGUCUCCAACUAGGACAGAAGUUUUAAAUAAACAUGUCCUUGAAGAUAACAAAAGAGCGGGCCUGGUUUUAGAUUGCAAAACGCGGUGGAGCAGCAUGGCGGACAUGGUUUCAAAAUUUUUGCUUUUAAAGGAUGCAAUAUUAAAGGCACUGAUUGACUUGAAAGAAAAAACUAUGUUCAGUACCUACGAGCUUGAUCUUUUGCAGGAUUUAUCUACGACUCUCACUAUCGUAAAAAGUACUGUAGAAGCUAUUUGCCAAGAAAAGGCGAAUUUAUUAACUGCGGAUACAGCCCUGCAAUUCAUGGUCACUAAACUACAAGAGAACAAUGGGGUUAUCAGUAGUAGACUCCUUCAGGCUUUAACAUUAAGAAUCGCUCAACGCCGACAAGCAGAUCUGGUAUGUACACUGAAGUAUUUACACAAUCCUAACAAAUACUACCAGGAACAAUCUUCUACUGUCUUCCCUAAAGUAGGAAAUGAUGUUAUCACCAAAGUCAUAGUUGACAUACAAAAAAAAUACUUUAAUCAAAGACCUUCAACAAUAACUUAUACUGGCGCUUCUGAUGACGAAGAUGACAUGUUUCUAGCAGAUCUACAGCAUUGUCAAAAUGAAGAAGCGUCUAGAAUCACAAAUAUGUCAAUAAAAGAACAGCUGCAGAAAAAAAUAGAUGAUGAAAUGUGUGCAAGGCCUUCUACGUCCACAGCAACUUGCGAAGAUGAUCUAGAAUCAUCAAUAAAAAUGCAGAUGGCUUUAUAUGAUGCAGGAGCGCCAAGACAAAUACACCUAACUCAGGCUUAUGACGUGUUAAUGUGCAUUCCACCAACUAGUGUAGAGUGCGAAAGGGUAUUUUCUUCUACGAAGUAUAUCUGCAAUCAUCUCAGAUGUAAAUUAAGCGAUGAUUCCUUAGACGCAUUAAGUUUCCUCAGGUCUCACUUUCAAAGAAUACGUAAAAAACAAUAAUUAUUAUGGCUGUGUUGAUUUUAUAUUAUAAUAGGUAAAUCUGACUUAAUUCUUAGUUAUUAUUGAUGAAUCUGAUUUAUUAGUGUAAUAUUGCAUAUGAAAAUGAUACUGCAAUGCCUUUACGACACCUUUACAUUUGUGAUACUUUUUAUUUUUAUUAUUAACGAGUUUAAGACUUUUUGAAUUGCUUGAGAAUUUUAUAAUUGUUUUGAUUAACAUGUUCAUGUAUAAUCGUGAGAUUUAUAAGAACAUAAGGUUCCUACUAUGUUUAAGAAUUUGAUAUUUGAUAAUACUUUUUAUUUUACUAAACACCGAGUUUAUAUUGUUUAAAGAUAAAUGAUGAUUCUAUUCGUGUUGGUAUGUUAGAUUAUUUGCAAUAUUUAUUGUUUUUUUGUUUAAUGAUUAUUGUUCUGUUCCUAAAGCAAUAAAAGCUGAUAUUU